AUGGAAUUCCCUUUGCCUCUUGCUCGCCACAAGACUCAAGCUCCCAAGGAGAAGGCGUCCUCCAACGUUUGUUUCAACUGCGGUGAUGCAGGUGAAUUAGGGGUCUGGCUGUGGGAGCAGGAGCCUCGCGAUCAAAACGCCAUCACCGAGAGGAGGAAGGCUUGGGAGAAGAACAAAGGAAAUCGAUCGUGGACGAGUGAGCCGAGAUACUUCGUUCCUUCCUCCUCGGAGCGCAUCGCCCAUGUCAGACCAGGAAUGAUCAGCGAGAGACUUAGAGAAGCUCUGGGGAUUCUUCCUGGAAAUCCUCCUCCUUACAUGCGGGCCAUGGUAGCUCCUCCUUGUCAGGUGAACGAAGGGUACCCACCUGGAUAUGUUGAGUACGAAGAUGCUUCGAUGAACAAGGAAAUUGCUCUCAAAACAGACUCUUGCUUGGUAAUGCAUAUGGGCAAUCGGGAAGAGAAGACGGACAAGUGCGAAAAUCAAGGCAAAAAGCGAAGAAGGGUUGGGCUGAUAGGGUGUGUGAAAUACCCUGGAGCCUUCGGUGAACCUCCUCCUGAGGGAUGUAACAAAAUCCAAUGGGACUUCAGCUCGGGGUUUGAAUCUCGUGAAAGAAGAGAUGGAGUAGGAAAUUCGCUACAGCAUGACGAACGAGAGGCUCCUGGUAUCAUCGAGAUCUCGACGUACGCCAUGUUGGUAGGUACCAACAUGGAAACUAUCAGGAGAGUCGAUCAUGGGACAGUCGAGACUCUGUGGGAAGAUAUCCUCCUCAAGCGAGCUAUCAGGCAGACGGGAGAAUGUACCAGGACGGCAGAGAGGGCUCCUUUGAAGAAAGAGACUUCCGACGACUUCCAGACAUGGGCCGGGCAGGGAAUAUGGAUCAAAAGAGGCGGGAAUGGGGAGGAGGGGAGCGCGAGAGACGCUUCGCAGAGCAAGACAACUUUCAGUAUCGAAAUGAUGAGAGAUAUAUGA